AUGGAAUAUUCAUGCAUCGAAUUGAAUGAUAUACCUGAUGAAGUUCUUCUCAUUAUUUUUCAAAAAUUAAACAAUAUUGAUGUACUUUACUCCUUGCAUGGUGUUAAUAAACAAUUGAAUAAAAUAAUACGUGAUCCAAUAUUUACAACUAGUCUGAACUUUGUCAAAUGGUCAUCUAACAAAUUUCUUAAUAAAUUAUCUUCUAAUGUGAUACUUAAUCGAUUUUGUUUACAAAUUUUACCUGAUAUUUCUAUUAAAAUCAAAUGGUUUCAUCUUGAAUCAUCAUCUAUAAAACGUAUCCUACGUGCUGCUAAUUAUCCUAAUUUAUAUGGACUCGAUCUAUACAAUAUGAAAGAAAAGACAGCUAGACGUCUUUUUAUCGUUCAAAGUAUCUCACAGUUUGUUUAUCUUAUCGAUGGUCGUUUCAAUCAACUUCAUACACUCAUUGUUGAUUUAAUUAAUCCUGCUGGUUCAAUAGAAAUAAUAAAGAAUAAAACAAAAAUCCCAAAUCUAAAAUGUUUUGUUCUAUCAUGUGCUUGGGAAAUGACAUAUUUCGAUGAAUGUUGUUUGCAACUUCUUUAUCGAAUGUCAAAUUUAGAAAAACUUGGUUUAUAUAUUACGACCUAUGUCCGUGAUACAUUUAUUGAUGGAAAUUAUUUGAAGAAAAAUAUUUUCAAUCAAGAAAAUCAGGCUCAAUGUCAUGUUUAUUCAUAUCCAUCUCAAAUCCAAUAUUAUCAAAGAAUAACAAAUCAUUUUCCAGGUGGAAUAUUUAAAUAUGUUCGUUUAAUAUCAUUAUAUGAUGAACAUCCUUUUGAACAUGAAUUUUUUAUUCGUAUUUCUCAAUCAUUUCCAUUUAUUGAAAAAUUAUCUUUGAUUAAUAAUCAAUCACAAAAACAUAAACAAUCUCACAAUUCAUCAAUUGUUAAAUAUAAUUAUCUUGUUACACUUGAUAUUGAAAAAAGUUCAUGA